UUUAGUUUGCAAAGUGAUAUGUCAGUGGCUGCUUAAUUAGGAGUCUGCAACCCUCCUUUCUCAGAUGCUGCUGCUUAUUAAAUGUUCCCUGAUUGGGAAUAAUCAGAUGUCAUUGGUAGAAUAGUUGCCUUUGGUCCGAGUGAAAGGACUUUACCACCUCUAACUUGGAGUUAUGGCAGCAGGCUUGGACCCCAGAGGUUAGGGCUAAGGACAUAGGAGACAAACAGCCUUUUAUUCUCCUUCCAAGGCAGGUGCUGUCAGUGAGGAGUGUUGUUGCACUCUGUGGCCUAGGAGAGGAAAUGUUUCACCAUCGCUGCCUGUGUAUCCCACUCAGGGUGCUUCCUGGGGUUUCUCAGAAAGAAGUGCAAGAACAGAAGAAAUUAGCUGUAUACAACAAGAUGCAGGAGUCUCUGGAAGUGACCCUUUCCAGCAAGCAAGAGGAGGAUGAGAAAGACCAGCCUGCUGAGAUGGAGUACCUUAACUCUCGCUGCGUCCUUUUCACUUACUUCCAGGGAGACAUUGGUUCAGUAGUGGAUGAACAUUUCUCAAGAGCUUUGAGCCAAGCCAGUAGCUUCAACCCAGAAACUGCCCUCACCAAGAGCAAGGCAGGGCUAAGUCCAUUGUGGAGAGAAAACUCAACAAUUUCAGGCCAAAGGAGCAGUUUUCCAACUUCAUUUUGGACCAGCUCUUAUCAGCCUCCCCCACCACCAUGCUUAAGUGGAGUACACCCUGAUUUCCCCGUUACUGCACCAGGCACCUUCCCAACACCAGAUCCCAGCAGCUGGCCAGGACACAGCCUUCAUCAGACUGCCCCACCUCCUCCCCCUGCUGCAUCUGAAUCCUGGCAUUAUCCUUUAGCAUCUCAGGUGAGCCCUUCGUAUGCACACAUGCAUGACGUAUACAUGCAUCGCCAUCACCCUCAUCCACACAUGCACCAUCACCAUCCCAGUUCGCACCGCGACCCCCGGUACGGGUCCCUGCUAAUGCCUUCAGUACGUGCAGCCAGGAUUCCUGCUCCCCAGCGUGACGUGACUAAGACAGAUCCUGCUGCUGUCACCAGCGCUACCUCAGCAUGGGCUGGAGCCUUUCAUGGAACGGUGGACAUUGUGCCAAGUUUUGGGUUUGACGCAGGUCUACAGCAUCAGGACAAGAGCAAGGAAACUUCCUGGUUCUGAAGUUUAGAUAUAACUUAACUCCAUCUAGAGCUGGAGUCAGCGCAGCUGGGCAGGCAAUAUAACCGUCGUUGACUCCUUCUGCAUGGGGCAAAGGACACACAUGAAGAUGAAGAGCCAACCAUUCUGGUUUUGCUAUUGAGCCUUUUAUUUUUAAGGCCACUUAUGGGUCCCACAGAGUUGGAAAACAAACAAACAGACAAACUCGCUUUUCUUUCUUUCCUCAUCUGAGCCUGCUGCAGCUGGGCAACCUAACUCCUUUCUGCUACUUUAACAGUGUUUUGUUUUGUUGAGCUUGAUAUUUUUAUGAACAGUUUUAAUUGUCAGGAAAAAAGACUCUCCCUUGACUACAGUGCGCCUCCUUUCAGGAAUACAUUAUUUUGUAGCUCUUUGUGCAUCUAUUUUUGUAGAAAUACAGAAAGUUUGGGUAAGGAUUGAUGGGCUAUUUUAGGAUGACAUAUUUUUUUAAAAAAAAAAUUGUAAAAUUGUUAAGUUCUGUUUAAAGAACUUGCUCUCAGAGAAGCACUGGCAAAAAAAAUGUAUAAAAUGCUAUUUUUAGAUGUCUGUGAUGUGUUUGUGCAUUUUGGGUUUGUUUUUUUUUUUUUUUGUUACCUCAAAUAUCUAUCUUUCCCUUCUUUUUAAAGAGCUAAACCUUCCUUCUUUCCACAUUACUAGAUCUUGAUGUUUUCGUCCUCUAGUUCUAGCUUAAGCAAGUAUAAUUCACACCUAAAGUUUCAGCCAAAUAUUUUUCCUGCUGGUGUUAGAUUCUAGUAAGGGUGUGUUUCUUCAUGUUUCUAAAGACAGCUUUGUGCUGUACUGAUUGUCAGAAAUUUGCAAACACCUUUAGCAUGGAGCAAAGCCUGGGGUUACAGAAACUGCAUUUCCAACCCAUCCAUUCUUUCAAAAUGGACCAAAUACUUCUAUGGAUUUUUUAUCUGACCUGAGUUUGGACCUCAUCCAUGAUCCACAGAAGCUGAUGAAUGCAGUCGCCUAUGAGUUGUGUUUCAGAUGCUCAUAGUGAUUGUAACUACUAACAUACUCAUAUUUUAAGUCGCGAGGCAGGACUUUCCACUAAGUUAUUUCAAGGGUUUUAAUCUGUAACAUGAAUGUUUAGAAUAGAAAUGUAAAUUCUAUAAAAAUGUGUGACUUGCAGAAACAAAAUGUUUUCAAAUGGCCUGAUCAGUCUGCUGAGCACUGCAUGGGAAGAGUUGAAACUUUCAACACUUGUUGAUUUCAAAAUCUAGUUGCCUAACCUAAGAUUUUUUGGGGGCCUUGUGGGACCCCAGCUACAGCUCUUGAAUGUCAUAGGAAGUUGUAUGUGCUCAGCAUGCACAAAAGCUAGGCUUUGCUGCUGUAAGGGUAAGAAUGAACUGGGAAAUUAUAUGGCCACAUCUAGCCACAGCACACUGCAAAGUGUUUGGGAAACCCCAUUUCUGUCCUGGGCCUUGAGUCUGACCUGAUUAAUAAUGACUUUAGUUGAAGCCAAGCGGGAGGAGGAUCCAGCCCUGAAUAAGGGCUACAAGAUUGCCAUCAACAGCCCAUGUCCUGCAAUGGGCUGCUGGUGGAUCAGCCUCCAGGCCCAGCAAGGUGGUGGUAACUCCAGCAACAUGACAGCACAUGCUUAGGUGAGACCUAAGGAUCAGGAUCAGGGCCUGGGUUGCCAAAUCCUGGCUAUUGCUUGGAAAUGUUGCCUUUCUAUUCUGUUUACCUUCAGUGAAUGAAUAUUUUUGGGAUCCUCCUGUAGUAUUUUCCAAGGCUCUCAUAACAUAUUAUUUCUGUUAUCAUUGUUUUCAGACGUAACUGUCUAAAAGGCAAACCAGCUACAUGGAGAUCAAGACCAUAGACAUCAAGACAGAUUUAAAAAAAUAAAACACUUUUAAGGCAGUGAACAUUGUGAAUGUAGGCUUGUCAGGUGGACACCACAUGGGUGUGUGUGAAAAGGGAGGGGGAGUGUUGGGAUGUGUCUGCCAGUCUGAAAUUCAGGCCUUCCUCCCUGCACUGCUUCUCUCCAAGCUUUUGAACUUGAUCCUAUGAGGUGCUGAGUUCUCCUUUGACAUGAGAGGGCUUGAUAUGCUGGCACUGUGGGAAGUAGGAUUAUAUCACAGUUUGGUAAGACCCUUAAUCAUGUAUCUUGCUGAUAUGAUGUUUGAGACAGUGUAAAACUGUUGAAGGGACUAUUCUUAAAUAUUACUUAAAAAUAAUAGGGUUGUUGUUAGUUUGUUGGGAUGCUGAAUUAAAUAUUAUUCUCCCCCAGCCCCACCUCUUGUCCUUAUAGUCUAUCAGCAUUUCUUCCUUAAGGAGUUUCACUCUCAUGACAGUUCUAUAUAUUGUUGCUGCUCUGGUGGAGCUAGCUUCUCGGUUUGUCAACGAAUUAGUAACGGAAUGGGAAAAGUGCAUGGAAAGGAAGGUAACAAAAGCCUUCAUGGCUUAUUUAUUUAUCAGGACAGUGUAAUUCAGGAAACAUCUCAGGAAUAUGAGUUCCUGAGAUAGAUUAAAAAUUGGGAAUUAUUACAGUAUUAGAAAUACUGGAAAAGAAAAAAAAAGAGAGAUUUUUUAUUAUUUAUUAUUUUCCCCUGAACUUGGCAAAGCUGGAAGGCAAAGAGGUAAUGUGUCACAAGAGAAACAAUGAGAAAAUUUGUAAUUUAACUAUUUGAACAUCGGAGAUUUUGGGGCAGAGGGAGCAAAACAAAAGGCAGUGUUUCUUUUAAUAUGUACUAUAUUUGACUUCCUGAAAUAGUUAAUGUCUAGCAAGAGCAGUCUGUUCAUUGUCUUUGUUUUUGCAAGCUCAGAUUGUGAAGGAUCUCCUCCUGUUCCAUGUAGUGUCAAAGCAGAAUGAGACAGGAACAAUCAAGCCUGAAGUUUGCACUGGAAUUCCUUUCUGGACUGUUUUAUUGAGUUGAUGGCUAAAGGGAGUGGAUAUGUGAUGAUUCUGUUGCUUCUUUCUUCAAGGACUACUGUCAUGCACUGUUUUGCUCAUCAGCUUCCACUGCUGAACUUGUGAUUGUGCUUAAAGUACUAGUAGUAAGUAUGUAAGGUUUUGGGAGACAAGUGCCAGUGAAAAACUGCUAUUUUCUACAGCUGUUCACACACACCAGUCAACUGACUUUGAAAGACAAAUUUCCUCAGUAACUAACUGUCCCCUGUACUAACAAAUGAGAUGAAAGUAAAAGCACGAGUACAGCACAGAAAGUAAAAGCACAAGCAGUAGCCCUUCUUAUAUGACCUGUGAUUUGAAUGACAGGAAAGAAAAAUGUCUUAUGACAAAUUUUUAAGUUAAAAUCAGCAGAUUUGCUUGUCUGUCAUGCGCACACAUAUACAUGCACACUAAUACACAUGCACAAAUGUUCUUAUGAGAAGCAGAUGCUAUGUUGGUAUUGCUCUUGAAGGAAGAGGGGAGUGCUCGCUCAUGAUGUUGCGGUUACAGCUUAUUGAUUGCAGUGAAAAAUAAUAAUAAUAAAAAAAAAGGAUGAUAAGGCCACUCAUGCUACCAAAGGGCCCUUAAAAUCAGGUCACAGGCAAGUUAUGUCUUAAUGUGUUACUCAAGGGCUUGUUUCAUUCUUUUUGUGUGUGGUGAAUUCCAAUGAUGUACUAAGAAAGUGAAUGAUUCAUUUUUUGAAGUCUUAUAAAAACAUGAUGUACUCUGACACUAUUUCUGGGAGAACAUAGGGAAACUAUUGUUUUAUUUCAAGAAAAUCUAAAUACUAACCUCUUAAAACUGUUCAAGAUUUUAUUUCAUUCCUAUUAAUGUUGAGAAAUCUGCUGUCAUUUUUUUUUCUUGUUUGCUUGAAGACUGGGAGUUUUCUACCUGAUCGCCAGUUUUUGAAAAGCAGAUAUCCAUCUUGUUUCAGCUGCAGUUUUCCCAUCCUAACAAGAUGAUGCAAUACUGCAGCUAUUGAACACCCAGCAGAUCUGAUUUCUGGUGAGCUGAAUAGGCUACACUUGACAGCAGUAAAAUGCACUUUGUUCUAAUUCCUCUCCUCACUAGUAACACAAAUUCAGUUAUUGGUUUUUCUGAUGCCUCUUUCACAGUGUGAAAGUCCUCAGUGAAUGUUAGGGUUUUCUCAACCUUCUGCUUCUCCUGCCUUGAACCAUGCUUUUGGGGAUGAAUCUCUUUGCAGCUUUCAGAGAGAGAGACUGAUUGCACAUCUCUUGAGAACAGAGGUUGUGGGAUGGAAGGGAAUGUUGUGUCUCCCCACCUGUACUUAUGAUCAAUUGCCUUGCACAUACGCAACCUUUCUGCUUCCAGCCUACUGUGUAUGUCUAGCUCUUCACUCCCAUUUCCUUAUGUAUGUGUAUAUAUUUACACACAUGGUUAUACCUAGUUCCCUCUAUUCCACCCUCAUACUUCAAAUUAAUUGAAAUUGAAAUGAAUCUCAUCUGACUGAAACAAACAACAAAAAAAAAAUAUUUUAUUGCAUUCUCCGUAACCUCAGGUGUGAAUGGAUUUUUUCCAUUCUUGUAAAAAAAAAAAAAAAAAAAAAAAAGUGAAAAAAGCAACCCCAUACCUCUAAGCCCAACCUUUCAAAAGCCCUGAUUUGUUUUACAGUUAAAGAUGACCAUGGAGUCAGCCGAGUUAUGUAGAGAGGUGCAAUAUGUUGCCUUUCAACAGAAAAACAUAUCAUGUUGAAUACAAUUCUUUUAAAUAAUUUCAGGUACAAUGUUUUUCUCCAUAUCAAUGGACCAUAUGUUUCUUUUAAACAGUUUAGAAAUAUAUAUAUAUAUUAAAUUGAUUUCUUGGCUUUAAUACAUUUGCCCUGGUGCUUUUAAAGGUUAUUUGAAUGACAAAUAUUAAUUGUGUGUGUAGAUUUUUUUUUUAAAGUUGAUGCAUGUUGUUUGGAACUGAAAUCUCAUGUAAAGCAGGAUAGUAUUUAAAAAUAAAUACUGCUUUUACAUGUUAGCCCUAUGGGCACAAUCAGACAGUUAUGAUGCAAGAAGAGUUCCCUUUAAAGCCUAAGGGACUCGUGCUGGGGUGAGGUCAAAAUCCCAGUCCCUGAAACAGGAAAGGCAGGAGGGGUCUUCUUGCAAAGGUUGAGCUGGUUGGUAAUGCUGUUAGCAAAGAUAAUGAUCUUCUCCAGCAUUGUAUGCUGAUGGUUGGGCAGCCACUACACAACGUUAAAAUUAGACUGUACUAGCAGGUUUACACUUGUCCCCUCUUACAUGGUGAACUGCAUGCCAAGGGGAAUUAAAGAUACCCCUGGAAACCUGUAUUUUAGCUGCUCUUGGUCUGCAGAGUGCAUGUAACCCUGUGGCUGUUCUUGCUCUUGUGGUCUCCAUGAUGGGACCAUCUCCAUCCUCCAAUGCCUGGAGUUCUCUGUGAACUUGCAGGGUGUUUUUAGCACCUAGUAGAGGUUGUUUAGAGACAGUGAUGAUUAAAACAUCACAGUUCUUAUGCACCCACUCAAAGGCACAAGCCUUCAAGAUGGAUCAGCUGUGCAUCAUUGAUGAUGGUCGUUACAGAAGCCCUAUUCUUGUUUCCCUCCCUCAGUGUCUGUGUAAGUCUUUGAUGGCAUUGAGAUCAUUGGGACCAGCCGUGAAUGCCUGAACUGCAGUCCAGCGUUGGCUGGCACAAAGUGGAGGCCCAGAGUCUGGGCCAACAUUAGUUAACACAAAUUGGAAUCCUCCUUGAUUCCAGUGGGCUUGGGCUCAGGUAACUAGUACCUAUUAUAAAACUUAUAUUUAUAGCAGUUGAGGUUUACAGUAAUCUAGUAAAGUAUCUGCAGAAGUAUGCUGCACUUUCUCUGCUUGCUGUUUGUAGCUGUCUUUUAAAUCCAUCUGUCAAAUCAGGGUUCCUCUCCUUCCCCACUUGAUUUCCAACCCUGCUUCCCUCAAAACUCCAUUGAACAUUUCAUCCCUCUCAUCAAAAUUGGUGGGGGACUUUGUAUAAAGAAAAAUGUCACUGUUUUAAUUACUGAAUAAAUAAUUUAAUGUGAAUUUUAUUGUUAUAUUUUUAAUGUAGCUUUUUUGGUUUGGUCUGUAUUUCUCAACAGUUAGCUAAUGCUUUUUUUUUAUUCUUAUGCAAGUGAAGAACUCAUAAAUCUCUUUGGAAAUUACAGCAUCCUGAGUAUCUAUUCUUUUCAAGAGAUUUAAUUUUUUACAGCUAAGGGUUUGUUUCCUAUUGAAAACACUAUAAAACAAGUGUUCUAAGAUGGCCCUCUGCUGAAAGUGGACAGAGUGAAAUCCUAGCAUAUAAGGAUAUAAGGAUUCCAGUUCAGAUGUUGUCAAUUGCUUCCUCUGUGAUGUCUUAUUUGUUUCUUUGUUUAUAUCUUUUUAAGUUGCCUUAGUACUAGAGGCUACUUUAAAAUCACACCUAGUAGAAUCACUACCUGAUGCUUCUUGGUUGUAUGAACCUUUUAAUUUUUGAAUUUUGUUGUUAUUUUGAUGGUCAUCAAGUAGAAAUUUUCCAUGAAAGUUAUUUACUCAAAUUGAUUGAUUUAUUUUUUUUUUUAAUGGCAAAGUUCUGUGAUUCGCAUUCAGGAAGUAACUUUGCCCUUGCUAAAAUUAUUUUACAGCUGUUUAAUUAUGAAAUGCUUGCAUGUCUGUGUUCUGGAUCGAGGUCUGAAGGUUUGAUGUUUCGGUCACAGAUAUAUCAUUUACUGUUCCAGCAGAGGGGGGGAGGGGAAACCUCCAAACCUUGGCCAAGCAAUGAGCUUUUGAAAAAUUGCCACUUGCAUGCGAUCAGCAGGGAACUGUUAAGAGUUUAGUUGCAAAAUUCUGUAAAGAUCCUGACCAUAUGGGCUGUGCUCUGUUUCAGAGCAUCAGUAGAUGAGCAGGAAUUUCCCAUAUGUCCUGCUCCAGGCACCAUUUCCAGGACUGGACAACAAGCAGAGUGCUUUGUCUCUGCUCAAAAUCACCCUCUUCUUUCUUGGGCCAUCAGAAAAAGGUAGAGGAGUUGCCAGAAACAUAAGGAGAGGAAGGCCAGGGAAGGAGGAGUUUGGGUUCAAAUCUUCCUGUAGGAGAGAAUGGGGUUGGGAGCUAUUGGGAGAUAAACAGUCUGCAUGCACAGUAGAGAUGAAGAUGGAAUGGGGACCACUUCAAAACAAGCAAAUAAUGCCUAACGAUUGUUUGGCUUAUACAUGAAAGAAGUAGAGGGGGAUGUGACGGCCAUCAAAAAAUACGAGAAUAGUGUGGGGACUUAGAAAUUUGGGACAAACUAUGUGUCAAGAAAAAGUUAGGAUAAACAUUGCAGGAAACUUAUUUCUUUGAAGUGAGCUGUGUACACUGUGGUUUAGUCUGUGAGGAAAGAUGAGGGAGCCCAGUUGGUUUAAGACAAUCACAUAUAUCCUCAGUGAAGCAAAUGCAUUUUAGGCAGCAGCAGUAUGUUAAUGUGGAGGAUGAGCUAGCUGAAGUGCUUUUUCUUCUCCCUGUAACAUCUUCUACUAGAGCAGGGCUCCAGUGGCCUUGCCUCACGUCUUGGUUUCCAGGUGCUCAUGGAUUCCUAUAUGAUCUAAUUGUAUCACAAAGCAAGAGGAGGGGAAGGGAUGCUCAAGAGGGAACAUUAUUUUGUCACUGAUUUUGUUCACGCCAAACUACAGCCUCUGUUCAUGUAUAUUGGUGCCACUCAGUUGACUUAAGUGAUCUUACAUCCAUCAAGAAUCUCAUCAUUUACAUCCUAAUAAAUCUAAUUCAGAGUUUUAUUAGUUGGAAACUAGGUUCCAGCCUGGUGCCAGGGGGAGGUGCUUUCCUUGGUGCCAGGAAGGACCUCAGCAAUGCUCAGACUGCUAUGAGGGCAUGAGGGAAAUGCCAUGGAAAAUGUGAAGAGCGAGACUGUCAUCCGCUGCACUGCUGGGGAGGCAAGCAUGGCCAGGGGCCAGCUGCUGGGGUAGGGUCUGCUGGUCCAGCAGUUCCUUCAGCCCUCCGUGGGGACCCCUGGUGCAGCAGGGCCGGUCGUUCCAGCAGGACCUCGGGCUCCGAGGGAUUAUGCUGCCUGCAUGACGUGGGAGGCCGGGUGGGGACCGAGACAUCUGGUGAGAAUUCCUCACGGCUGAGCUGUGCAUUGGGCUGGGAUGCCAAUUAAUUUAGCUGAUUUCUUUUUUGGGGUUAUUGGGAAGAGGAGGGGGGCUGGAUGCUUCAACUUUCCAGUAACUGUCUCUCCUUCAGAACAUCACUUUUGCUUUAUUUCAAGAGAAGUGAGAAAUGAUAUUUAAAUAAAUAAAUAAAUAACCACACACUAAUGUCUUUGCCUUCACAAUAACUGUACAUCUGCAAUGGUUUAUCACUGUGGUAAAAUGAGUGGGUAAUAAAGUUUUGAUGUUGGUCAUUGUA